CUCAUGUGCCAAGAGCAUGGACAGCAUAAAUCUGUGUAGCCGAGGACGAGAGCCCCGCCCUCCAGGAGUCUCCUCCUUAGCUCGUUACUAUGCCUCUCCAAGUCCCUCUUGCGAACGUGAACUUCUCACUCGACCCCACCCAGAUUGCAGGCUUCCUUGGAGCAGAUGCGGCUCUAGCGGCCAUGAUGCUUCCCCACAUCCACGGCCAGCGAAAGUGGUGGGGGUGGUACAACUGUCCAGGCAGCUACUACCUCGCGAAACGAUACGGACAACUCGCGCGGCUCAAGUUUUGGAGCCCCUCCUACCAAUCAUCCGCUGUGCCGCAGGACCUCGCUGACGAACUCACGGGUGUCAUGGGGCCAACGUACACUGCCGCGCGCUCAGGUGCCACCCUCCAGUCCACGGGCCCGCUUGCCUCCAUGCUCGUAGAGGAGUGCCGUGAAUUGGAGUCAGUCGAGGUGGGAGGGCGGCACUCGGCCGUGAUGGAUGUGGCGAUCGUCAAACUCAAGCGGGAACCCGAGGAGCUGGAGUAUCCUAGGGUUCCACAUACCCUCUCGAGGCGGUUGGCCAUUCUCCCUAUCUUGGUCACGAUGGCCACGGGCAUCGCCUGCUACCAGUAUGGCGACUUCUACUCCGCUGCCGUCAUCUUCUUCUCUGCCCUUUGCCACGGCAUCGCCUGUCAAGUCAUGGGGAACACCAAAUUCACAUACCAGCACCGCAUCCCCCAACAGACGGCCAGGCUCGCGUCUGGUUGGCUCGAGGCCUCGCGCUCGUUCGUCGUGCUAUGUGGGACGGAGGCCGCCGUGGCGCCCAUCACGCGGGGCCGCUUCUCCCUUCAGUUCGACGAGUCGAAGGGACAUGGUUCCAGGGAGCACCGCAUCGUCACAGGAUGCUCGAUCCUCCUCGGGAUACAGUUCCUCCUCCAGCUCCUCCUCGUCCCGCAGGGGGGCCUCUUUGGCCAGACGAUGUUCAUCGUGUCCGUCGUCGCCGCGUGGUUCUACCACCGUCUCGUCCUCGCGCAGGGAAAGGAGACCGUCGAGCGCCGUAUCCUCAUGUCGGACGUCCUCGGCAAGCCGACUAUCGAGAAGUUCCGCUUCAAUACCAGAACCGCCGCGGCGGUUUUCGCGGUGCUCGCGCUCCGGCCGUAUAUCGGCGAGGACGUCGAGGCGCGCCUUCAGGCGCUGCUCCCGAAAGAUACGCCGGUAUGGCAGCUGUGGCACAGGGUAGUGGCGCAGAAAAUUACCCUUGGACAGCCGUUGCGGUUCGAGGAAUGUGACUGGGAGUGGCAGAAGAUGCGGGGUUUGUGGUUCGUGGAGGACAGCCUGCUCUUCGUAACCUUACUGAAGGACGCCGAGACCGCAUACGCUGCCUACACCCAAUACCUUCCGAAGACGGAGUUGUCGCGCCCCGCUGUGUAACAGGCUCACUUCUCGCAUGGAUCGCCAUGUAGGGACCUUUCCACCUAGAGCUCCAUCGUCCGUUUGUAUACGGAUAGCUGUCUGACUGUGGCGGCGCUGCCGCGCUUCGUGCACAGCCAAAAUGUCAUAACAUAAUGCUUCCUCGGAGACUUAUCGAUCUUCACAUGGAUGGAUAUCUGGAUCGGAGCCAGGCCCAGGGAAGCCCAGGUUCCGUUGCCCUGCAAUGACACGCCCGCACCGCCUGUGGUCUACGCAGAUGUUCUGACCAGUCAUCUGGCCUCCUGGGCGCUGCACAGGUUGAACCAUAACGAGCUGCAUAUAACUCCCUUCGCGUCGCCCUUUUACUCACACACAUCCUUGCGCUCGCCUAUUCAGACAAGAACCCCAUCCACUCCCU